CUCGUUCAUUCGUUAACGCACGUGCUUUUAUGGACAUUCUCCGCCUCCCACGAUGAGUGGAGGUCAUUCCGAUUGCCAUAUCGCGGGCCUGCCGGAGGAGAUCCUCACAGAGGUGAGCAGCUUCCUCCCUUCCGUCAGCUGCGGAACCCUUCGAGCUGCAUCGAAGAGCGUCGGCUGUCAUCUCAUUAGUGAGGAUUAUCUGACGGCCCGCCUCGACAGAUCCAUCCGCGAGAGGGGCCUGGACGGGGUGAUGGCAGUGGCGAACAAGGUGGCGAAGCGGCACAAGACGACCAUGGCGUACCUGCAGCACUGCCUCACGGCCACUGUCAGCGAAUUGGUGGAUGUGGCUCUUUGGAUUUUUCUCGGGGAAGCUGUGGGAUACUCUCUUGUCGGGCUUGGUUGUGGGUUGGUUUGUUUGUGGGUGCUCACGCACACCUUUCCCUGCCUCAGCGAAGGACCAUCAUGCGCCUGGUGGACUUGGUGCUUGAUAUUGGUAUGUGCCGUGGCGGUGGUUCUCCUGCUGUCCUUCCUCGCGGUCCUCGUCAGGUUCGUCAUUCGCUACCAAGCUGUAAGGCCGGGACUGCUGGACGAGCUCUUCGGAGCCCUCUUCCUAAGACGGGUGUAUGACAAGCACAGACAAGUCGUGGAGUUGAUUGAAAAGCCUCUUUGGAGUGGACUGCUGCUUCUGCUGGGGCUCCGGAAGAGGAUAACUUGGAUGGACUAUCUGCUCCGGAUGACGCACAUUGUCGAGGAGGGAGGGCCGUGGGAGCGCUGCUUGCAGCUUCUCCACUUGCUGAAGAACUGCGGCCACCUCCCUUCUCUGCCGAUCAUCAUCACUCCUGAUGACGUGCGCCAAGUGGGCACCAAGAUGGUGUUCGAUUCCCAACCCCCGGCUAUGCGACAGCUUUCGCUAUUUCGUUCUCGAGCUGACGAUGUAGGCUUUCCGUCUAUCUUCAGCAAACGUAUCAAAUCUCGAGACCGCCAGGCGCUUACAGAGGCAUUUAACCGAUUCCUGACGCCCGACAUGUUGCCAGGCGAUCUACCCGCUGUCCACACAUCAGACCCACCAGUCAUAUGUGAGGCAAAAGGAGCACAUAACAACACAGCUGAGGCUGCUUGGAGUAAUUUGCUCGUUUGUCUGCCUGUGUGCAGACGACAGGUACGGAGCCACCUCGUCUAGCGACAUAGCCGCAUCCUUCACCGACAUGUGCCUCUACGCGAUCUUCACCGAUAUUGCAGGCAUCCACGGCUUCGUCGAGCCAGACGAGAUCAUGACGCGGACGGCCCAGCAGCAGCUGAUGGAGCGGCUCGGACAACUCACCUCCCGGAUGGACCCAACGUGGAGCGGCAGUCGCCUGGCGUACGUGUGGAUGGGCCGCUUCCCGGAGUGGGGGUGGUGCAAUACAAAUGUGGUCGUGUGCGGUGACAAAGCGACUGACGAGUUUGCAGCCUUGGUGCACGUGGACGUAUUCCACCUAUUCCACCAACCAAGCCAAACGUGUGAUUUAUGGAUCGUUACUACUGAGCCACGUGUUCCGAGGCAACGGAGCUCAGCUCAGCGGUGCCCGCGCACGGCGGCCCUGAUCCGGGCCAAAGUGGACGCCAUGGAGGCGGAGUAAGGCUAGAGCGGAGUAUGAACAGAUCGGCAGCAAGCAUACGAUGCAUGAGUUCUUAUCCAUCCUUGUUUGUUCAUGCAGGUCGCUCGUUGCAAGGCGGUGUGCUUACUGAUCCUCUCCCUGUUUCUGUCGGUGCAAGUGGGCGGUUGCAGUGGGCUGGACUCAGUCGGUCUGGGCACAUAGACUUAUUGGGAUGGCGACCUACUGCUGGUUUUAGCUGUGUUUCACAUCAGUCUUUUACUUGUUUGGAGCUUGAAUGAUGCACACGCCGACGUGCCUUUACUUCUUCUGACUCUCUGUCAGUGCACAUGGACAGCAUACGUCUGCAGAGAGUGCUCUCGGUGUGUGUGUGUGUGUGUACGUGUGUUCCGUGCGGGGUGCAGAUGGACGGACACGGAUACAAUGCGACGGAUUUCGAUCAAAGCAUGCAAUGCC